GCAUUAAAACAACCAUUCGUGAUUCUCCGGCAAUGGACAAUAAAAAUGUGAAGGCGAUAUUGUUUGACUUGGACAACACGCUGAUUGACACAAACCGAGCAGGUGGUGUGGCGAUACAGAAGACCAGUGAACUUAUGAAGACUACACUGGGCCUGGAUGACGACACUGCCAGCAGCAUCUGUAACAAGUACAAGCAGAAGCUUUUCCAUGCAAAUUUUGACCCAGCAGCCGGACGAUCCAUAGACGAUGUACGAGUGGGUCAUUGGGAGGAGAGCAUCCAGGAGACUGUGGGCAAUGCUUCCACAGCCUCUCUCGCAGCUCAGUGCUACUCCCUGUGGAAAAGCAGUCGCCUAGAGUUUCUCAGUCUGUCCCCUCAAGUAUGCGACCUCCUGAAACAACUGCGCAGCAGAUACAAGCUGCUGCUGCUGACCAAUGGAGAAGCUCAGUCCCAGAAGGAGAAAGUGCAGGCAGUCAAAUGUGAGGACUUCUUUGAUGCCAUUGUGAUUGCAGGAGAUUACACAGAGCAGAAACCAUUCUUGUCCAUCUUCACGUUGUGUUUCAACAUGCUGGGGGUGGAAGCUCAGGACUGUGUUAUGGUUGGAGACUCUCUGGACACAGAUAUUCAGGGGGGAUUUAAUGCAAGAGUACUGGCUACAGUUUGGAUCAACAGUACAGAAGGCGCUGUGCCAGCUGGAGCAGUGAAACCGGACUACACCAUUCCUACUGUCUUAGAUCUGCCACAUGUUCUGGAACAGCUAAAGUAAAAAUCUGAAAUAAUGGGACACUGUGGACAUUUUAAUAUUUAGGUAAGGGUUUUAGUUUAAGGGUGAAUGUCAUGAUCUUAACACCAUACUUUAAGUCAGGCGUUGCUUUCAUACAUAACAGUCAUUUUAACUCCAUGGGCUCUGUGGUAACAUUGGUUUCAACAUGUAUCAUUUUCCAUUUUAAAUGUUAAAACUAAUGUAAGAUUGUCAUCUGUCAUUAUUAAUUCAAUCAAUGGGGAUCUGUAAUUUAAGACCAAUCACCUUUUGAGAAUAGUGGAUCUGAAUACUUCCAUUCCAAAAUUGUUCACAUAGUUUAGCACAAUAAGAAUCAGCAAUAAAAUAACAAAUCAACGCUCAGAA